AGCGCGACUUUGGGCUCAGUUCGGUUUCACACUCGAACGCGAGCAGUAGUGUCCGCGAAUCAGUCUCCAAAAAAAAAAAUCAAGAGAAUCACCAAAAACCAAAUCAGAACACAAACUGCAGCACGCAUCUGAAGCACAGUCAAAUCAAAAUAUUCUCAAAUAUUCCAACAAUAUAAAUACAUUUUUUUGCGAGUGUUGUGUUGCAAGUGUGCCCAUUGAAAACCGUCGGAAAAUCAACAACGUAUCUUGGAACGAUCGCCUUUUUGGAUUAACGUACGGAGGCGCAGCAAAAAAAAAACACGGGGAUUCCGCGAGGAUCCUGACUGAAUCCACUUUUCAUCUAUAAUGCGUUGGUUGGCAGUGCGCUGCGACCACAGCUAAAGGCAGCACCACGGCAGCCGGCAACGGAAACGGAAAGACCAGCGGAAGGGGAAGUGGAAGUGGCUACCAUGCGGCGAUGGCUCGUCCGCUGCUCCUGCUCCUCGUCCUCCUGCUCGCCGCCCAGCUGCCCCACCUGGCCGAGGGGCGCAGCACCACCAGCAGCGGCGGUCUCACGGUGAUCGACAGCGAACGCCUGCGCAUUCGCACCACCUCCAGCACAGCUACAGCUUCAGCUACAGCUGGAGCUCAGCAUCCAAAUCAGGCGACGAUCCCCGCCAGCGUUAGUCCGCGCAAGCGCCAUCGGAAGCGGAACAGCAACUGGAUCGACUAUCGCAACUUCGACGAGAACACCACCGCCCUGGAGUGGGCCAAUCCCUGCGGGGGCAACUAUCAUCCCUCGGCGGGGGAUCGCUUCAAUCGCCAGCGGCCCAGGCAGAGCUUCAAUCAGCUGAAGCGACACGCCUUUAGGGAGUACCGCAGCCUGAACAGCAGCCAGGAUUCGGCCAUCGAUAUCCGCAACAUGACCAUGUGGUCGCUGCACACGCACAACUACAAGUUCCUGCCCAAGCUCAAGCCCAAUUCCACGAUUGCCCUGAAGCGCUGGUACCGCAACAUGCAAACGUACGUGGCCAGCUUCGCGUAUCUGAGGCGCCAGCAGAUCCGCUGGGACCAGCGGUCCAUCACCCGUGAGUCCAGCACCGCCCGCGAGCUGCGCGAGCUGCUCCUGAGCUCGCGGCGCAUCCUCUGCGAGCUGGAGACCGCCGUCAACCAGACGCAGAGUCCGCGCCAGAAGCAGCGGCGCAGUGGUGCGGCGGUCAUAUCAGUUGGUGGCUCCACCACCAGCACCACCACAAGCACCAGCACCAGCACCACUACAGUGGGUCAGCAGCUGCCGCAGAUCUCGCGUCUCGAGAUGAACAAGCGUCUGAAGCUGCGCUCCAAGACGAGUGGCUCCGGCAUGGGUGGUGGUGCAGCCACCAGUGGUGCAUCCAUGGCAGCCGGCGAGGCGGACUCGAUCGAUAUGCGCUUUGUGAAGCACCACUACUACGACUUCCUGCGCACCAUGUACCAGCUGCUGCGACGGGAUGGCAAGCGGGUGAGGAGUCGGCCACGUAAGCACCACAAGAAGCACAGGAACCAGCAGCAGAGGAGCCACAAGAAGCAGCAACAUCAGCAGCAGCAGCAGCAGCCGCAGCAACAGCAGCUGGCGGAUCAACUGGAGCAGCGGUGGCGCAGCUCCACCUUGAAUGGCAAGGAGUUCAACGAGGUAUCCAAGCCGGUGGCAGGUGGUGCUGCUGCAGGAGUUGCAGGUGCAUCCGGUGGUGGCAACAACCAGUUUGCACGUGGCAGACGUGGAAAGCGCCAGUCGAAGCGCGUGCAGCGCACGUGAAACCGUAUAUACAAUCAUCGCCUAUUCAUCCCCAAAUCAUCAGCACCACCCCAUUAUCCCAUUAUCCUCAGGACACGCCCCCUUCCCCUUUCCCCUUUCCCCUGUCCCACAAGCCCCAAAAACCCUCUAAUUUAACCGUUAAUUGAUCGAUCGUAGCUUAAGUAAAUUAUUUGAUUGCCAGCACAGAGUCCCUGUUCUCCAAUUCAUUGCAAGUAUUACCAUUACCACAUUCCGUAUUUAUUGAGAGCGAGAUACAUAUAUAUACAUAUACAUAUAUAGUUAUAUAGAGCAUAUGAAACCCCCAUCCGCAGUUGCCGUUCUAGUCACAUAAGAGCAACCGCCAACCACCACCAACACCACCCACUUUAAAGUAUUAUACACCACAACGCAUUAUCCCUUUUUAGCCCAUCCGGAACCCAUAUGGAAUACUAUGUGACCCCCAGUAGUCUAAGCUAAGCCAUCGCAUAUCCACAUCCAUAUCCACAUCCAUGUCCACAUCCAUAUCCAGUAGGCUAAGCUUCGAUCCUAAGGCACACACACACAUUUUUUUUCGUAGGCUAGCUUGUGUUUUGACAUCUGUGAUAUAGUGCUUGACUAGUUCGUAUCUAACCUAAUUGUACAUAUAGAGAGUAUACUGUAGUAUGGAUCGCAUUGGCGGCAUGUGGCUGCUGCAUCCAUGCCUUCGUAGUCCUAAGCUCGAACUUAGAAAUCGAUUUUCGUAUUUAUAGAACCGACCGACCUAUGACUAAGCCAGCAGCGGAAUAAA